GUUAUUCUUCCAGAAAGAUCUCUUCGUGUUUAACCGACACAGGAGUAGAAACACGAGGGAAUAGACACAGACCCCUCAUAAGCCAUAUCGAGAUGUUGCUCGUGACACUGUUCUCAGUGAUUCAGCUAUCGAUGCCUUCUUGGACACGAGCUGACGAUGACUGGUUUUCUCUUUGGGACUCGCCUUAUAAAA